AUGGAUUUGGCAGCGAGAAAAACUAAUCUUCUCUUUGGAAUUGAGACCGACUGGUAUCAGAUCUGGAACAGUAGUGGGAAGAUAGCCAACACUGCGUUUAGUGAAAUAGAUGCCAGUGAGCAUUCACGAAAGCGCAAACAAGUUGCGAAAGCCUAUGCAAUGACAUCUAUUCUGAAAAUGGAAGAAUACAUUCAAGGUGUUGUCGACCAGAGCAGAGAAACAUUUGCAGAAUGCGUUGCACAGGCAAGUAAAGGCGAGGCAGUCUUGGAUAUGGCCCUUUACACUCAAGCGUUUGCGUUUGAUGUUCUGGGAGAAAUCGGGUUUGGACGCAGCUUUGAUCUUUUGAAAACGAGAGGCCAGGGACCUUCAAAGUCUAUCGUCGAAGCAAUCGAUUUGAGCUUCCUGGUUCUGGCAAACUCGGGAUACCUUCCUGGCAAGCUUCGCUGGCUAAAGUCGAAUACAAUUAAGGCGAUCUGCAAGUUAGCCAACAUUGAUCUGAGCAAGCUCCAACAGCUGUUCAAAGUGACGCUAUACGCCGAUGAGAUUGUCAUGAAACGGAAACAAGAGAAAGCCUCACGCACUGAUCUACUUCAACAAUUUAUCGAUUCCAAAACUGGUGAUAGCAAGCCUUUAGAACACCCAGAGCUACUCGGAGAAGUCGUUAGCCUCUUGGGGGCUGGAGCAGACACCACAUCCAUUGGUAUCAGAGCUGUGCUGGGCCCCCUCGCUCUUGAUCGCACUGGGUAUACAAAGCUUACAGAGGAGAUUGACUCUUUUUAUGCAACCCAAAAUCUGGAAGACCGGGAGAUAAAAUACACAGAAUGCCUCGAGUUGCCUUAUCUGCAGGCGGUAAUCAAAGAAGGCUUACGCAUGCACCCGUCAAUCCAGUUCCAGCUUCCUCGUUAUUCCCCCGCGGGUGGCGUGACGAUAUGCAAUGCAUACAUUCCCCGUGGGACUGAAAUUUCCACGUCACCACUUGCAAGCAACCGUGACACAGCUGUUUUUGGAAAAGAUGCAGACAUUUGGAACCCAGAAAGGUGGCUGGAGAGCAACGAGCGAACGGCUAUUAUGGAAAAACAUAAUGCCACGUUUGGGUACGGUGCAAGGUCCUGCUUGGGGAAAAAUAUCGCUUUGGUGGAAAUCAAUCUCUAUGUAGUACAGCUGCUACGCCACUUCGAACUCGAAAUUGCCAACCCAAGCCAGCCAUGGAAAAUACACACCUGCUGGUCGUCAAGCCAAAGAGAUAUGUUUAUGAAGGUCACCAAGCGGGAUCGGUAG